AGCACAAGAUUUUUUUUUUAUUGCAAUUGAUCACACACGUGGUUCGCAGUUACACAGAAAAUGGGAUUCGCUAACUUGGUUUGGUAGCCAUAACUAAAAUAAAAAGAGUCGGUGCUUUUAUACACAAGUUUAUUUAAGAAAAUUGGAACGGCUGUACUGAAGAAAUGCUUAGUAAAUACCUCAAGCUUAUAACCAGUACACAGGAAAUCAGGAAAUAUUCACAACAGCAAUAUGAACCCAGACUAUAAUAAAGAAGAAAAAAUACAGUAUACAAUAUUAUACAAUAUUCUUGUCACAUUUUAGAGGUGGUAUCAAAGCUCUCGCUAAACCAAGAAAUAUAUGGAUCUAUGUAUGACCUCGAACUUUAAUUUAUAUAUGAAUAAUUAAGACAUAUUAAGAAAUGGCUGAAAUAAUUAACUCAAGAAAGUAUAGCUGGAACUGCCCUCGCCAAAGACACAUUUUCUCGACAUGACUUUCUCCAAACUUGACUUCUAUUCCCUCGACUUCUUUACGAUUAACUUGACUUGGCUUUCCUAGGAAGCUCUGACUGACUGCACAUUUUCCCCUCAUGCCUGUGUGUUGGACUUUGAGACUUACAUUUCGCAUGACUGAUUUGUUUUAAGAUUUUGUGCAAUUGGACUUUGCACGUCGAGAUGAACGAGCAUGGCUGAGCGUUCCAAUAAUAUCUCGCUACGUGUCUUGCUGGGAACUUCUCGUAUUUCUGAAAUUCAAAACUCUCGAUUUAUUUAUUUCUUCUGUUUAUCAAUCUAAUUAUUAUACAAGAUCUUUAGACUAUCGUCACAGAUCAAGAACCAGUGUCCCCUCAACUCUCUUCUCUCCAUUAUGUGAGUAAAGUGUUGACACCCUUUUAAAACCCCAUCGCCAACACCUACACUGGUCCAGCCUGAGUAAGUAUCACGUAAUGCACUCCGUGUCUCCGCAGUCAUUUAGGGUUUUGCUGAUUUGCAUACCGUAGAUACUGAGUAUAUAUUUUCUUUAAGAAAAUAUAUACUUAAAAAUAAAUAUAUGCUUUAAGAAUAGAAAGUUCUCUAAAGUAAUUUCAUUGCAUGAUGAUGAAUGUAACAUACGUAGAUGUUGAAUAUUUUGCAUGGAGACAUUUGCAACAUACAAGCAAAUAUUAAGCCCGAUAUUUUCCCGUCUUCUUUCGCUGUUUGAACGAUUAUUUUCCCUUGAUGAACUGUCAAAUUAUUUAAGUCUUCUGUGUACUGUCACUUCUUUGUGUGUUUGUCGUCAAAAGUAAUUUGCUUAUCAUUUUCGUAAGUGCAUGUAGGUGCACAUAUUUAUACGUCUUUUAUUCCCUUGGAAUCUAGAUGAUGAUCUGCAAAAUUUCACAUAGUCUUUCAGAUUAUUUGUCACUAGAUCUUGACUCAUUCACAAGCUUUGCAUUGAUUCAUCUCCCACUGACCUACGUCCGCGUAGCAAUAGUUCGUGUGCUGACCUGGCCUGCGUUACAGACUACGACUACUAUGACUACUAUGACGAGCGCCAGACAGGAGACGCGCGAGUGGGCGGCUCCACGCACUCCGAGACGCAGCGCCUGCCGCAGGGCUUCAACCGCAUCCCCGGCGGAGGCUUGCGGAAGCCCUCUGCCCGCCCCAAGGCCCCGCCGCCCAACCCGGGCGGCCAGAGGUUCCCCGGGGACUUCGCCUUCCCCAACUUCCCCGACGACUUCCCCGCGGGCUUCGACAGCUUCCCCUUCGACAUGGGCGGCUUUGGCGACGGAGGCCAGGGCCGCUUCGCAGAGCAGCCUGCCCGCGUGCGCCCGCGCCCCCGCCCUGCCAAUGGAGGGCCGCGCCCUUCCAACCGCCCCCCGAAGCUGCCUCUGGGGGCCCCGGGCUUCACCUUCCCGAAGCUCCCCAGCCUGAAGAGCCCGACCAGCGUGGUCAACGCCAGCGCCUUCGCCGGGCUCAGCGAAGACCCCUCGGGCUUCUUCGGCCCCCAGGAAGGCGACCUGACGUUCCCCGACUUCGACGAGAUCCCGAAGCG